GCAGCACUACCAACAUCGAGAACAAAAACAUCCUCCAUUUUGGGGCAGCUGAUGUUUGUUUGAGAUUUUGAAAUCUUAAAAAUAUCAUUGAUAUUCCUCUAAAAUGGGUGCAUCAUUUGUUCCCAUCACUAUUUUCACCGUAUUAUGGGGCAUAGUUGGUAUAGUAUGCCCUUUCUUCGCUCCUAAAGGCCCAAAUAGGGGGAUUACCCAAGUGGUGUUAAUGUUAACUGCAGCUACGUGUUGGUUAUUCUGGCUGUGUGCGUAUAUGGCGCAGAUGAACCCACUCAUUGGGCCCAGACUCACCUCGGAAACUCUCAUCUGGAUCUCCCACACAUGGGGCAACCCCAUUACGAAGUAGAUAGAGGGAGCGUGCAUAUUAACUUCUAUUUAUUUUGUCAAUAAGAUGUUGAAACUACUCGAUGUUAUCGACCCACGAUAUGGAUAUAAGUUAUAAGUGUAAAAAUAUAUAUAUUAUAAAUUGUAUAAUAUAAAGCUAGCAAAAGAAAUGCCUUCGUUGCUAGUGUCAACGGAUAAAGUAUCCUUUCCUUUAAUACGAACUUAUCCAGUUUUGUAAAAUUUGUGAGAGUGUAAAAUUUAUUGUUCAACAUACAGGUGUCACCUCUCAUAUUUUUAUAACUGGCUGUUACUGGUUAAAACCUUUGGCGCGAAACCGUUAUUCUAAAUUCAAAUUUCACGAAAUAAAAAUGGCCCCAGUUUAUUGAAGUGGGAAUUCUAUUUAUUUCUAAAGUAAGAAAGCAUCAUUCCAAUCUUUACAUGUAUUUAUAAAGCUGUCUAACGAGUAUUUAUGUACCUUCCUAUUGUUAAACAUUGUAAUUAAAUUGUAGAUAAAAUAUUUUAAUUUCAAUAAAUUUAUGUGAG